AUGCUUCGCAGUCCAUACAUGCAUUUAUUCCAGAAUACCCGAAUAAAUUUUGCUCCUGGAUUGUCGUACUACUAUCCGACAACUGCCUCCCGGAAAAAGCCUUUCUCAACGUCACAACUCCCUACUUGCGCACAUGGAAAAGCUAGACCAUCCUCCAUGCCACUGGAACACACAUUCGUUGUCCCAAAAAGAUUCAAUGAUACGCCAACAUUCAUCAAUUCCCGGCUCCUUCGACUUCCAAACGAGUUGCUGAUCAUCAUCUUCCGACUCUCUCUUUUACUCACUUCCAGGAGACUCCUCAGCCUCUCCAGCUGCAUCCCCGUGAAGUUGUACGUUACCAGAGAUAUGACUUGUCCGACAAUGGAAGACCUGAUGGAACGCGUUGAACCUCUCGAUGAAAACGGCCGACCGAAUACCUACUGGUCUCUUUGCUAUUCCUGUGCAACAUAUCGGCCAAGGGACAAUGAUGCCUAUUGGCGGUGCAGAGAUUGUAUAAUCAAGGAGGAGGACCGGGAGACCGCGCUAGAUUCCUGGAGAAGCGGCCAGGAUGAGUGCCCAGCAUGUUAG